UAUUACUUUACCGCAGUACUGGUUUGUUUUUUUUUUUUUAUCAUUUUUUACUUCUUUACACAUUUCUCGCAGAUUGUCCGAAUUACACCUACGAUGAAUAGCAACAAUUUUUACGGCACGUGAAUCACGCGUCCUCCACUGCGAAUGUCGGAUAUAAAUAUUGAGGGCAAUAAAACAGUAAAAUUUCAAAGAAUCUUCGUGAUUAAUAACAGGAAAAAUGAGGUCAGAGUACACCUUUUGAUUGUACUAUAGGUAUACACAAUCACGUGUGUAUAUGUAGGACAAUGUUUUAAUAUUAAUCGACGAUAAUCGUACCGCUGCAGUGAAAUGAAAUAAAAUUCACGUUUGUCCGAAAACAUCGUUAUCGGGUCAAUAAGCGUACAGGUGAUAUAAUACCCACGCGUGACCUUGGAAGAAAUGAAUGAUACAUAGUCAUCAUCUAUCUGUACGAUACUUGGAUAGUGCGAAAAGGAUUUUUCAAUCCCACGCUUGACAAUGGACAGAGUAGUAUGACUCGCAUCUUUGAAUUGUAAGCUGUAUCUCUACAAUCAAUCAAGACGACAUAAUCUAAAUUUAGAUGCUUUUAUCGAGCCGCGAUCGGUUCGCAUAUUAUACCUGUCUGUACGUGUAUAGAAGCUUUAAUCCAUUUUUGCGACGCGGACGGCGGGAGGUGUUCAAAUUCGAAACAGAACGGAUUCUGAAGAUGCGACUUUGAUCGGAAUAAGUGUCACAAAGAGUUAUUAUUUUUCACGGCGCGAAUUCGCUGCAGCUUAGCAAAUGAAGAGAGAACAAACCGUGCCAACUUAUGCUGUGUAUUACACUGAUGUAGGUAAUACCAAGAGUGACAAACCGUGAAUAAUUUGAUGCUAAUUUUCGUACUUCAACGCUGACUUCCUUGAGAAGGCCGUUCGAAACGUUGUCUAGACUAAAAAAAACCAGUUAUAUUCGUGAAUCUUCUCCAAGGUUGGUAGAAUAUGGAGAUAUCAAACAUCUCGCGAGUCUCGCACGAACAUGCCUCGAACACACGUGAUAUGUUUAGUUUAUCACCGUCAUUGAGAUUUUAAUCACGUUGAAAUUCUAAUUUAUUCACAUAGUUACAUGUGCGCGAUGCCAUCACGCAGUUUUAGUUUGCUUAAUCACGUUUCGCUGUGAUCCUUAAAUUCUUCUAUACUUGAUCAUAUUAUUGUACGAUCGUUGCGUAAUUCAUUUUUUCUUAACGUUAGACGCCCAUCAUCUUGACCACCGUAUCUCUGUAUAUUUAAUCAUCCGUCCAUGUGGUCGGAAUUCGUAUUUUUCCCCUCACCGCAGCGAUGAUUCGUCGUCUCUGUUGAAGAACAAAAAACACGAUGUUUUAUCACCUUUCCAAAAUGAUUCUUUAUGCAGCCUGCCGGAAGUGCCACACACAUAUAUUAUUCGUAUUAUUUGUCAUUUUUUGGCGUCGUCGAUUUCGCAUCACGAUGUUCACCGUCCGCCGGGAUCCUGCUUACUCACCUCAUUAAACAUGCGAAUAAUAUGUUUCGUCGCGGAUCGUUUCGACGGCAUAGCAAUCGUGCCAAGUAGCCACGUAUCGUCAAUUUGCAAUGUCGUUACAACGUCCCGCCUUUAAACACCUCAGUUCAAACACAGCUAUUAGAUUGGUUCUAAUUCUCGGAUCGUUUCUGAAACAUUUUCGACUCGACGUCUUGUAUUGCCGUCGAUGACGAGUUCCAAUAGAAAUUUUCCUACUUAUAUCGUUAUGUACACUUGUGGACUUGAAUUCAGAGACGGUUAGUUUUACGGCCUAGUCGAUUACGUUGGUAACGCAAAUUGUGUCCCUAGCGGCCGGCGAACAGUGGCGCUGCAGGCUGAAUCAGCGUUGCCAACGUCACCGACUCGGCCGAAAAACUAGCCGUUUCUGAAUUAAUCUUCACAAGUGUACAUCGCGUUUUAUACGCCUUGAUUGUAAAAGGAAAAAAAAAACUUUAUUUUCGUAAAUGACGGAAUGCACCUGUAAAUUUUCAACACAUUUCUGAGGCGUAUACUAAAAAUAUUUCCAACGACAUCUUUCAAAAUAGAAAACACACGUGAUGCUAUAUAGCAGUUGCGUAUGUACACUUUGCAUAGAUUUUCGGAUAUCUACGUCUUUCAUCAUCAGUUGCCUGAAGUAAUACAUCGCCGGCACUCAACGGUCCAAAUAAUUCCAUAAUCUGCUUAUACGCAUCUCCGAGUCUGGUGAAAAAAAUUAGGUCAGUCGAUGUUGAUGGUGGCAAGGCCGAAUAUAUAUCCGCACCAUAGAAUAAGGCGUGAUCACAAUAGGCCCUAUUGUCGGGGCUUGUUAUAUGGGCUGGUAAUCUGUCAAUUACCCUCGUAACAGUAACGAUGUUACGUCACCAGUAAAAGCUUCUGCUUACACUGAUCGGUAAAUGGAUCACCUAUUCCUCGUGCAAUGCGUCUGCGAUACUUGUUAUAUAGGUACGUGUAAGGCCAUGGUACAAUAUCAAAGGUAUACGGAAAUUAACACGAUCUGGUAAAAUCUCGGACGAUAUACUUUGACGGCGGUGAAUGUAUGUAUAUUGCGUAUAUAUGUAUAUAUGUGUAUAUAGUCAAAUAUUAUACAGUCGUGACAAUUUUUAUUAUACACAGAUAUGUAUGUAUAUGAGUAUAAUAUUUGACUUGCAGAUUAGACAUAAAUUAUAUACAUUGAAUGUCACGUACGAGCGGAUGAUUUUUAUGCCGCAACGUAUGUACGUACUAUUGGCGAAUAAAUGAUCUGAAUAUGGUGAUUACUCCAACGGAUACGAUCUUCUCAGUUUUUUCAGAUCUCAAAACAAGUAUGUAUACCGCGUAACUUGGCGGUGUGUACGCGUUAUCAAACGAUUAUAUCAGUUUCUUACAGGUAUAGUAAUAACAGCUAUUCUCGAAAACACGCCGAGUCAUUCUAUGUGUGCUAUCGACGAGAAUGUUGUGCAGAUUUUAAUAUUUGCGACGACAGAAAAAUGCAUCGCAAAGAACCCGUAUAGACAAGAUCGUCGAUGUUGAAAUAUCAGAAAAACUAGUAAUCAAUGCUCAACUGUCAAAAUCACAGCUGUACUCCCAGAUGAUCGAUCGAUUGGUAAUCUUUUUGCGCGGUAUGCCCGGAGUAAACAGAUUGCAGGAGAAGUUGUAGAAGGAAGCCUCGGUAAUUGUAUUGCGAAAAAUAAACGAACGUUGAGAAAUUGUACGAUCAGUGAGAAUUUUCCACCCCAAUUCCUCGGAUCGGUACCGAUUUUCAGCGCAGAACCUUGUCUGUCGAUCAAGCUGAGGAAUGUCUCGAGGUAAAAAAUCGAAGAAAAAGGUACCUCGGCGAAGACAGGAAACGUCGUCGUUGCUUACCACGAACCGUCAUACCGAAAUACACACGGCCACUUUUCGUGGAGGAGUUGCAGGUACCAGCAAGGCUGCAUCGUUUCUGAGAUUUCCACACGAAGGCAAAAAGCUCCAAGCUCAACCUCGAAGUCCCUUCAAUUUUGGCAAUGGGCAGGUAGACGUAGAAUCUUGCUUCCCGACUCUAAAUCAGCCAUCCCCGAAGAGCCUGAGCACCGUGUUCAACGCAGCGGAACUUGAAAAACUGAAAGAAACGUUGCACGUGUCAGAUUUGUCCUACACGCCGUUACUCCUUGGCUCGGUUGUUCUAGAGAAAAGUGAUACCGUAAAAAGACUACUGCGAGAUGGACACCGGGUCGAUUGUUGUGCGGAAGACAAGUCGACCCCGCUGAUGUGGGCGGUUAGGAAAAAAAACCUAGAGAUGAUCAACGUGUUGAUGCAACACGACGCUGAUCCAACUCUACUCGACAAUAAUACGGACAACGUUGCCUUGAUUGCUAUCCAGUCGACGACUUGGGAUGAAAAUGACUUUCUAGACUUCUGGAAGACCAUUAACUACAGAAUGGAUCUUGACCAUGCGAAUGUCACCGGGAACACCGUGCUUCACUAUGCGAUUAAGCGCCAGUGGAACGUUCUGGUUGAACAGAUAUUGAAAACUGAGGCUAACGUUAAUUGCGCAAACGUCAAGGGGGUCACUCCGCUGAUGAUGGCGGGUAUCAGGGUGAACCCCUCUAUGGUGAGCGCUCUUCUUCGAUGUCACGCCGAUAUUUCUCGGGAGGAUUCCCGAGGGUGCACUGCUCUGUGCUACUCCAUUGCUUGUAGCAUGCAAAAGAAACUCGACACACCCCAUCCGUCGCUACAGAAGCUCGUCUGCGCGGUCAACGCGGAAGAAUCAAAUUUCACAAUUGAAAGCUACUUGAGGAGACGCCUGGAACUUUUGAUCUAUCCACCCGAACAAGCGGAAAAUUUUACGUCGACAAUAAACUCCAUCAUCAGAAACGUAUUCGGAUUCUUCAUUCAGUACACGCAGUCUGGUCUUAAGAUAUUCCUGCAUCUCGAUGUCUUCGAACAGAUUCGAAAGGCAGUAGAGGAACACAUGGAGAAUUGGAAUUACCUUGAAGCUGUACUGGGAAUUCUGAUUGAUUUACUUUGUUACUGCGACUGCUCCACCAAUGGUGAUACCGCCAAAACACCAGAGACUGACUUGAUGGAUUCAUUUGCAAUCGCUGAUCUGCCUAAUGCUUGUCUCCGAGUAUUAAGACGGCUUAAAUUAGCAUCUACCGACAGAUAUGCGGCAGAUCGAGCCGCGAAUUGCAUAGUAUCAUCGGGAUUAGAACCUAUUUUUGCUAAAUGUACAACACAUGGAAAGACUCGCGAGUGGUUGGAAGAAAAUCGUGAUCACAUUGAACCGUACUAUUCAAAUUUGCUACAGGAGAACCAUAAGGCGCAGUUACAAACACUGGCCAAAGAUCAGAAACAUCGUCUAUUUAGUACGAUUAUGCAAUUUCGUUAUCUGAUGAGAAACUUUAAACAGCGCAGUGACACAGCUCUGGAAUCAUUACCGGAUUCUAGCUUCAGCAAAAGUGAUCGGUCACUUAAAAUCAAUCAGUCGUCAACAAGUCCCGAACAUUCUCCCGCUCCGAGCGUUGGUUCAUCGAAAAAACAACGUCGUAAAAUUAAAACCCUACGAAUGAAGUUGGCCAAGAUGAGAGGGCUGACAUUGGUUGAGCAUAAUGGUUCAUCGUGUGUUCAGAGCGAGGCUGGUGGUAAAUAUUUUCCAAAAAGUACGCGACCACCGAUGUCACAUCAUGGGAACCCCGCAGUUCGGAUUGAACAUCAAAGUCCUCGGUCGAUGUUUCGGCGACAGCAUCAAUCGUUGUGUAGAAGAAAAAAUUGCGCUUCUUGGAAGCCAACGGAAAGGAGUGAGACCGAGGAUUCGAUGAAGGUUUUCAAUUCUAAUUUCUCAACUGGCAACGUCGAACUUAAACCGAAAAUUGGUGAAGAAAAUUCCGCAACGAAUGGAAGGGAACUAUCAGUAGCUGGAGAUGUCGGAGGGUUUAAAACCCCACUCACCACUUUGGAGACUUUGGAGUGUGUUUCGCGAGUUUCGAAUCCGGGUAAUUUCCUAGACGAUGCUAUGCUUUCUCAGACGAGGCGUGAAUUGGAAGACAAUAACAAUUCCUGUAAUAAUGAUCCACCGUACCAACCUUAUACCAGCGAAGUGGACGAAAGUAAUAAUUCAAGUGAAUAUGUGCCCGACAACGUGGAGGCAACGAUUUUCUACCUUUCAAAUUUGUUUGAAGAAAUUAUAUCAUGUUACCGAAGAAAUUGGCAACACGAUAGAGAAUCGGGUUACCCAGGCUACAAAGGAGGUCAAGGUGAUCUUGUGGCUGCCACAGAGGAACAAAUUGAAAUAAGAAUCGAAGAAAUAGCAAGGCUUAAUGCCAUAUUACCAAAGCUGGAAGAUUCUUGCAUAAAAAAGUUAACGGAAAGUUGGUUGUCCUUGAUCUCGAAGGUGCGGGAAACUGCAAAUCGUGAUUUCAAAAAAUACAAGAGCGUCGUCACUCUGCUCCAGCUGCACCUGCUGAUGCAUCAAGUGUCUCCAGCGAAUGAUUUUGAUAAAAGCAAAGACAAGCCUACGAUUGGUAAACCUUUGAAGAACGAUGAACUUAAUAAAAAACUGGGAACUAUAGGUGACGGAGGAAUGAGAAAGGAAAAAUGGAGAAAAUCCGAUUUCCUUAGCGAAUCGUCAACGGAGAUGCAUUGCGGGGGAUCUUAUGAAACCGAGGAAACGCAAUACCGUUUGAUUCAUCAUCGCGUGCAGAACACAUUGCUCGAUAGUGAUUGUGAGUCUACUGAUAGCGACGGUGAAGCGUCGGCUCGGGUUCCUGGUAAACAAAACCAGCUGCAAACUACCACGUACCAAUGCUGUGAACAAGGCAUGCUGGAGCAGAGCCCGAAUCCAAUGACCCCUGAUGAUACAGCAACCGUUGUGUACACGACUCAAAUAAUAGAGGCUCGUCGUACCCAAGUUAACGUCAACUCCACGACGCAUACAUUCGCAGAAUUAUUGCGAACACGUAGCGCCGACGUGUUUUCUACCAUCCCGGCGCUGCCACCGGUAAUUCAAUUGCGAACAACCAGGGCGACGGCUUUGACACUCGCCGAAAAUCCAUCGAUGCAGUCCAAAAAUCGGCGGUCACUCAACCCCCGAAAGGGUGCUCCAGCAACGCAAUCGUACGUCAGCCGAUGGGACGUCUUACUGAAGGGAUUCAGAGCGCAUUUGAAACACAGAACAAACGGACCAGGAGAUGCCGUGCUUGUCAGCGCGUCGGAACAGCGAAAACAUUUCACUAUAUCGUUGGGCGGCAACUUUGGGCCGAUCGAAUUGGGCCUUGACACAGACGGGAGACCUCUUGCUGUAAGAAGAUUGCGCAGAGAAGACAGUGCGCUCAUUCUGUCUUCACUGACUCAUCUACUUGCCAUUAGACACGUUAACAUUUUGCCGUUCUUCAUUUCUGCCGACAAUGGUGCGGAUGUGAUCCUCAGCACACCCCUAUGCGAAUAUAACCUUGGAGAGUACCUGAUGUAUUUGAAAAUCGGCAAAGGACUUGAGGAGCGAUCGCUUGUUCUCGUUAAACAAUUUUUGGCGGGAUUGUACUUUUUGCACAACAACGAUGCGCCCGUUGUUCACGGUAACAUCAAGCCAUCAAAUUUGAUGAUCGAUCGAGCUGGCGUUUUGAGAUUGGCUGAAUUUGGCUUGUGGAAAUCGCUCUACCGUUCCAGCCGUCCGCCGAGCUCAUCGAUGAUUUGGUUUUCACGCGAAAGUUACGAAAAUUACGAAGAGAAUGAAGUACUCGACUGCACUUGCGCCUCUGACAUUCAGAUCGCCGGGAUGGUCGUUCACUUCAUAUUAACCGGAGGCCUUCACCCCUAUGGGAUUCAGACCAGCGAUAUCCUCGAUAACAUUCGACGUGGUUAUCCGACAAUUCAAUGUCAAGGCUGUGAAAUCGUUGAUCUGAUAUCGUGGAUGCUGGUAAUUGACCCACUCGAACGUCCGUCCAUUAAUCAAGUCCUCACGCAUGUAUUUUUCUGGGAUGCAAACAAGAAAUGGUCCUUCCUAUUGGCUUGCGCCGGAAUAAACGCCAACGGUGAAGCUCUUCCACUGCCGUUAGAGUCAUUCCACAAAGAUUUAGAAGCCAAGGCAAUAUCCGAUCAAGUUAAAGGUGAUUGGUUGUCAAUAGUUCGGACACAAUUUCCUACUUUGGCGUUGAAUGAAGGCCAGUACUCGACUUCGCCAACUGGACUUUUGGUAUUCGUGCGACGAUUAUUGGAAUCGGAACCAGCUGCUUUCCAGUCUGCCGUGUCGCAAUUUAUCCUUAGCGCAUUCCCCACGCUAACUCUGUCGCUCUAUCGCCUUCUCGAAGCAACACGUUGGCACUCUCAUCCUGUGUUUUCGUCCUAUGUGAGAAUGAAUCGAGUUUGAUGUCGGUUGUGAUAAUAAAAAAUUCACCUGUCAUCAGGCAUAAAUCAAAGUAAUGCACGUUUUACAUAUAUUUUCAGAAACAUUUAUUUUACAUUCUUAAGACAGUGUUCAAUAGUGUAUACUGUGUAAAACGUCCAUGUUUUAUAACUUACAAUAUAUAUAUGUUACAAUUUGUAAGUAUUAUUAUGUUACGUACGAGUAUUCGAUUAUUAUUUCUCAACUCGCAUUCUUGAUCGCAUGUUAGUUUAAUCCUCUUAUAAAGCAUAUUAUUUUGCACGCGUAGUUUUCUCGGAGCUGAAUAUUCUGUAUAAAAAUGAUUCAAAACAUGACAUAUAAUAUACUUGCAAGACGGUAUAGAUAACUCGUGC